CGAAACUUAAAUAAUAUGAAUUUUCAUAGCAUCUGUAAUUUUUUUCGGUUUUCAUCUGGGCUAGGCUCCCCUGAUCUUCAAACAUUAUUUUUAUAAUUCCGUAGGUUCACUUUCCCGCUCAAGACCCGUUGUUAUUCAGUUCCAUCAGAUUCUCCAGAAUCAUAUUAAAUGGGUCGUACUACUCGGACUAUGUCAUCAACUCAGUACAAUUAUAGGCAGUUUAGUUGGGUAGUCCGCAACAUGACGCUACAGUCACAAGUGUGACGCACUGCCAUCAAGCUGUUCGCGGUAAACGCCGCAAGCCUGUAGGUUGGCAAUCCUCGCCCACUUGAAGCGCCCGAUCGUGGUCACCCGUGUAGCCCCGCGCGUGACAUUGACACACAUACUGUGGCCAAAGAUUCACGUUACUACUUAGCACUGCCACUACUGGGCUAGCGACAUUAUGAAAUCGCUUGUUCUUAGUGAAAUGGUGAGGAAAUACGAAAGAAUGAGCGGCCGUCAGUCUUGGAACGAAGCCGACAUGGCGAGGGCUGUUGCAGCUGUAGUUUCGGGUAAGAUGGGUUACAAACUAGCCGCCAGGACGUUCCAUAUACCGCGCUCGACCCUGCAGCGGCGCGCCAGCAAGAUACGCUACCAGCAGCCAGACGACCCCAAACCUAUUAUGGGCCACUACAGGCGCGUUUUCACGGAAAGCCAAGAGAAAGAUUUAGUCGGCUACAUCAAGAGUAUGGAGCAGUACUUCAUGGGCGUAUCUCGCCGAGACAUCAGGGAGCUGGCAUACCAAUAUGCUGAAGACAACAACUUGAAUCAUCCCUUCGAUACCAACUCGAGAAUGGCCGGCGAGGACUGGGUCAGGAAUUUCCUUAAAAGGAAUCCCGAGCUGUUGCACAAAUCGGAAAAGGACUUUGAGCUGGAGCCAGUGAACUUUGACCAAUUCUAUCACUUCAUGGUUCAGUUCUCAUGAUUAGUGGUUCACGGUAGCAUUAUUCCUAUACAAUAGAUGACCUUGUCUGAAAAACUGUAAACUAUAUGAAGUUAAGAACACUCAAGGUAACACUGAGACCUUACUAUGCCGCUCAAAACAUUUUAUAGUGCCAUGGCCUCUUUUCAUACGAAAUGCAAGCAGUGCAAACCAUGGCCAAAGAUAUGUCUAUUGAAUAAAACCAGGAGAGGAGCUCAUAAAAAUAUAUUUUUAAUUAAAUGUAGGGAACAAAUUAACAAAGCUCAAAAAUAGAGGAAAGUUUUACAAGAUACCUAUGGUAGAUAUUAAACAAAACCGUGUCGUUAGAAACUACUUAUUUUUAAUGCUAUGAUUGUACUUAUCGUUUUAAUGGAAUCAAACCAUCCGUUAAAUCUUAAUUUAUAGUUUAAAAUUCUGUUAUUUAAUGGUAAAUUUUAUCUUGCUAAAUUAAGGGCUGUGAUAAUAAAAGAAAUGUAUAUUUGUGGAACAUAUCAAGAUAUAGAGGUGUUGUGUACCUAGGUUUAGAAGGGAUGAUGGAACGGGAUAGGAUUGUUAAAAAUCUCACUUAAUGAUAUAGAUAAGGGUCCAGCGAACCAUUAAAGAAAGCUAACUAGUUAAGUUAUCAAAUAUCGGUAAUGUUGCGAUGAUAAAGUGGAUUGUUUAAACGAACCUUUAUGAUAUAACAGCAGACAAAUAGGCAUCGCAGGCGUAAUACGGAUUGCAAGAGAAAUAAGGCCUGUAAGAAAUUAAAUAUCAGUAUAUAUUUUAGGACCCAUAUGAAUCUACUGUACUAUUCUUCCUCAUGAAUAUCUUGUUUGUUUGUCAUAGCUCGUUCGUUGAAUCUAUAAGCGCGCGCGCAGCCGCAAGGUCCGGCGCAGGAAUCGACUAAUGUGAUAAUCGGUAAUUGGUGAUAUUAGUGAAAAAAAAAUUACAGAUCAAACUAACUUUUUGAACAUUGUUCUUUGAAGUAAAAACGAAAUAUUUAUUCUAUAAUUAUAAGACAUUAAGUACCUUAUAUUUUUUGUCGUUACCUGAUUUAAGUUUUGAUCUCUUAAGUUAGUUUAGGCUCUAGAUUAUUUAUUUAGCCUCAAAAAUAUUGAAUUUGUUGAAGAGGUUUAUUAUGG